CAACGUUCAUCCACUUGGAAUGCUUGUUGAAUCAGACGAAGAGCAAAGAAUAGCUGUAUUAGUCAGACGGGCUAUUUAUUAUUGACAUGAGAUUUGCAUAAUAAACACCCGAGCUCUCUGCGUUCUUUUGUUACUCCGUGUUCGUUUGUGACCGUUGAGCCGUGCCAUAGGGUCUUCCCAACAUGCAUCAGGAGUAGCGAAGCUGUAUAGUGUGAAUUGAUUGUAUUGUACAAAUUCUAAUUCGUCUGAGAGCUGAGCUAGCGAGGCAGGGCAGGGAAUAUACCUUGCAUGGAGGUAUAUACGUACAAUAUUAUAUCCACUGGAAUUGCAUUGAUGCCGGGAGGGUGGGGAAAAAGAGAGAUAUGCCAACUGGUUUGACGAAAUCGGCUUCCUUCUCUUGAUCCACUCGGAGGAGGAUUUCCUGGAUGAGAUCGUGAGGAGCUUCCUCUUACGCCGAUGAUGAUGAGGAAUCGUCUGCCAUUUGUAUCAAUUUGAAAUACUUCUCCUUCAAGGAUUCUCGACAGGGCAGGGAAGUGAACAACUGCACUUGAAUUACUACUAACUCAAAAACAACUGAUUUUCAGUAUUAGAAUCGUCGUAAGACAAUAUUAUUUAUCGUCAUUCCGUGGGCGAGCGAAUCAUUUUUAACAAUUUUUCAUCAAGGUGGCGAAGCCGGAAUACGACUAUACCAGUAUGUCGAUCGCUGGAUUUUCUUUUGCCGAAUCGGUCUACUAUGAGGAACCCUACUCAAUUCCCGGACCGUGCAAGACAUGCUGUCUACGAUGUCCUAUACCAAACCUCACGUGUACCGUCAUGUUCCUACUGGGCGUGGCUGGUUUCUGCGUGGGCGUGGUCCUGGCUUCCGAUGAGACGGUCCAGGUCUUUCUCUGGAACAACACACUCAAGGAAACACUCUCAGAUUGGUUGCUCUAUGUGAAGAUCGGUGUAGCCAUCGGGACUGCCGUCAUGGUAAUCCUCAGUGUGCUCUUCCUCGCUAUGGCUUAUCUAGGCACAGGUGCGACACGGAAGGAGUUCAUUUGUCGCUUCCGGACACGUGCCACGGGACGGUGUCAAACCGCCGUGGUGAUGACAGUGUCUUACGUUCUACUUCUCAUCUGGCUGAUCAUACUACUGAUAACGCUGAUCCCAACGUUCUUCUUUAGCAUACAAGCAGCCGGUAUUUGUAGAUCGGCCAGGGACAGUGAUCAGCUAAGUCGGUAUUACUACGAGUGUCUCGAUCUGAGGCAAUGGGGUUUAAUCGACUACAACCAGGUUGCUUCGGAUUGGGCCGAUCCUAGACUACCGGCUGAGGGCGAAGAGGACUAUUUCAUGUGUGAUGAAGAUCUGGACAAAAUGUGUGACAGUGAUGUCCUCAUCUUCUAUGGCGUCACUCUUGCUGCAGCAAUCAUCGUCGUUAUCUCACUGGUCCAUUACGUGCUCAACUUCUCUGCAAACUACGCCAAACUGCGCGAUCGCUUCAAGGAUGGUUACGUUGAUAAACGCACUGGUACAUACCUCCAGCGGACUGCUAGUCUCCGUGGUAGCAAGCGAUCCCUAGCCGGUACCAGGGCAUCACUUCGAGGUAGCCGUGCCUCAGUCCGCAACCUUGGUGCAUCAGGAAUGUCUAACGGUGCUGUCUUGUCAACUACGUCAGGUUCGACGGUCAAGAAUGGGGCUUACAGGAACGACGCCCUCAAGUCCAGUCGUGAAGACCUCAACAUGCACGAGCUAAAACUUGCCAACCUCAACGGGGGAUAUUCUGCAAGCAACUACGCUGGUAGCAACUAUGGUGGCAGCAACUACACCGACAGCAACUAUGGUGGAAGUGUCCUCGGGAGUGGUUUGGUAGGGUCUACUUACGGUGGUGGCGGUGGUCAAGACUACAAAGGACCAGCUGAAACCAUCGAUGAAAUUCCCAAUCUGAAGGAAGCUUACAUCGAAACCUUUGAUAAUGAAGCUCAAGAAUCGUACAACCAGCGAGACACCUUCCCAAGCCAAGUGUCCUACGAAGCCAACGUUCCUGUUGAUCCGUACGUCUCUGCGAACAUUAACAACGGCGGGGGUUAUGGAAAACCCGACGCGUACAGGAAAUCGGAUGGCUACGGUCAGCCCAAUGGCAUGCGCAACAACAUGUCUCAGAACGCGGAUUCCUACAAUGAAGGCUACGGAUCCAACCUGGAUAGGAAUUGGGGAAACACCGGUAAGGAAUAUGGCAGCAACAGACCGCUUGGUGCCAAUGAUAAUGAGUUGGCUAUGCAUAGCAGCUACAGCGGUAUCAACCAAGCAGCGCCUAAUAGAAACAGUCAAGGUAGUACCGGUGCUGCAGCCGGUGGGUUUGCAGAACCAUAUGUUACCCUACAAUCAUCAGAUGAUUCACCCCCUCGAGACAAACAAGAGUAUUUCAUCUGAGCGGGGCUUUGAACCAAGAACCUAUUUUAUCCGAAGCUGCAGGUACAGGAAUGAAGUGGGAACGUUGUUGGUUUCCAUUAAAAAUUCAGAGCAGUCGUCAAGUCAUCUUUCUUUUUGAUGAUUGACCUAUGUUCAAUAGUUCAAUUCAAGGAUAAUAUUUAGCCUACUGGGCUACUUUAAAUGGCGGCCACCUUCGAUAUCGCCAACAUUUGAUGACGUAUGGAUGUUUUCAUAGAAAUUGAAGGAGAAAAAAAAAAUCUUAUGUUUUAAACGUGUAGUUCUGUGCAAGUUUUUGUCUCUACUUUUGCAUUGCUGUUUGUGAUUUAAAAAAAAAUAUAUAGUUGAAUAAAAUGUUGUUGCUUAAUUAAAUUGUAUACAAAAUUACCUUGAACGUUUUUCUACUUCAGGGCAGAUCAGAAUGAUACAUACAAAAUAUUCAAAAAGCUUGUAUAUUGCCUUUUUUUAAUUAGAUGCGACCAAUGGCGUUUACGCGCUUCUGAAUGCAGAUAUGCCUUAUUCCAAAACGUCACCUCUUCGGGAAUUCUCGUGACUUAUAUGAAUAGAUGUAGUCGACAUAAUGUGCAUAAAGUCUCAGUCAUGAACGUCUGAAAAUUGCUUUUAAAAAAUUACGUUAUGUUUUAUCCUCAAUGAAAUCAGGAUGUACCGGUAUACAUUAUUGUUGCACACAAGGCAAAACGUAUUUGUCUUUCCUCUUAAUUCAAAGAAUAAAAUUGUGCAAGUUUCAAAACCCUUGGUCAUAAUGGAAAGAUAUUUUUCAUAUUCGCCCGUAACAUGUUGUUUGAUAGAAUAUCAAGUGCCUAAUUCAUUGAGACAUUAACAUUGCCAAACAGAUUUUGCACCGACGAUACGCAGAUUUUAUUCCAAUUAUUUAACACUAAAAUGUAUUUGUAUUCUUUCCUCUGACUCUCUUACCUAAUGGACAUCGAUUUAUUCUUCAGGUAUUCAGCUAAUUUAUUGAUGUCAUUAUUUAAUUGUUAAUAUGUAUUCAUUAAUUAACAUGAAAAGAGAAGAGAGAAUAAUGCAAUGCAUUAUGCUCGAAGUUGUGGUGCAAGAAGGCCUAUGCGUUGUGCCAACAUUUCGAAAGUAACGGUUGUUGUUAAACAGAAGUUGUAAAGCUUAUUGUUGUUUAGUAGUAGGGGUCGCUGUCACCACUCCUAUUCACGUUUGUUUGAAACUCACAUAGUUAAGCGAGAUGUUUCAUCACUCAACAUUUCUUAGAAAGUUAUAGUUUUAUGGAUUUAGCAUUCGCUGUCAUCAUACCAGUGUUGGCUUGUUUUAACUUACAUGUAUCAUUCUUCAACAUGUAAAGCUGUAGAUAUAAACCAUGUCCGUCAUGACUGCCCAGCCAACGAGUUCAGUAAUCAAUUAUAAUUAUGUUUCUGUUUAGAGCUUAUUUCAUUUAUGAUUCAAAGUCUUCACUACAAAAUGUACGUAAAACUGACUUUUUUUUGCAGUGUUCAUUUUGCGCAUAUCACUUUUGUGCUCUCGUUCUAUAUUUUCUGAAAAGCUAUAUAGCACACUUCGAAUUCUUCUCCAUUGCAUUCUGUAAAAUGGAAACUUACUUAACGGUGUCAACAAAGUUUGGCUUCCAAGAAUGUAGGAUGUCUUCUGAAUUAAAAGAACGCAAAAUCUAUCCUUUUCUCUCUCAGAUUUGUCUCCUCAUCUAUCUUUUUAUACAAAACAAAAUGCUGUUAAGCAAUACCAAACAAGAGAAUUGUCAUCUUGCCUUUAGUGCGUUAAUUGAUACAUGUAUAUAGACAAUUAAAUUAGAAGAGUAUUCUGUGAAUCAUGGACAAAAUGUGAAUGUGAAAUAGUUGCAUUAAUCGCUUAUAUUUAAUUAAUGUAAUUAAGUUAACAUCUAGGAAAUGAUUCUAGUUACAUCCAUUACUUUCCUUUUUAUCCCAAGCCUUCCUUGACCUUAUAUUAAACCUUCUUCCACUUGUACUUUGUUAUUCUUUGUCCUGUUCUUUUUAAUAAAGAUUAUUCCUAUAUCUUGACCUGUCUGCUACAGAUGAAUUCAUCUCGAAUCUCCCUCGUUCAGAUGGUGCUCUUUGUUUUAAUCGUCUAAUAGGUCUUUAUCUUAUCUCGCUUGUAUAGAGCUUAUUUCCCUCUUUUUAUGAUUAAAGCAGUAUGAUUGUUUCCAUCGUUGCUGUAUUUAUAUUUUAAAGAUGUUUUGUGUGAAACCAACCGAAAUGUAGUCAUGUGCAAAGUAUGGUAUUGAUGUUUGAUCAUUCUUAUGCUUGUAUAUAAACCAGACAGGAUGUAUAUAUUCUAGUAUACAAUAGAGUGUCUUAACGUCAAUUUUCAUCUGCGAAAAAAAAAAAAAUUUUGUGUGAACAAAUCAAAUCUGUAGCGGUGAUCGGAACAUUGUAAUAUUUCAGACAUUUUCUAAUGAAAAAUAAAAAUACAGAUAAACGAA